AUGAACACUCACGGUGCCAAAGCCAAUGUUCCUGAUGAGCUCAAGAAGCAUACUCGACAGGAACAGCGAGAGGCUCGGGAAGCCAAGCAGUGGAAGCAGGAGGAAGCCAAGGUGCAGAAAAAGGAAGUGCAGGAUGGCAAGAAAAAGAGGAUGGCGAUGCGAGUCGCUGCUCAAGAAGACAAGCAGCUCCUAGAGGAUAAGGCCAUUCAAUCUCUUCGACCUGACCUCGAUACAUCAAAAAGCUUACCGAAAGUUUCCCAACAGUCCGUCGCCUCCGUUUUGCGCCAGUCGCCUGCCAUCAUGGCUUGGGGACCCUCAGUUCAAGCAAUGUCCAAACCCACAGCAUCUGUGGCAACGGCCUCCAGCAAGGCAUCCUCAGUGUCCUCGCCAAUUCCCAGUCCAGCAUUUGAUCUUGCCAUCCCAGCAUUGGAUGAUAACGAUGAUGCAGAAGGUGACAUUCUCCCAUCCAUGACUACCACGCAUACCAGUGAGUCUGAAGGGAGUCACCCUGAUGAUCUCCACCAUGACGGUGGUAGUGACAUCGAGGACAUGUCUACUCCCGACGUGUUAUCCAUCCAGGUCGAUCUCGAGGAUGACACUAACAAUGAUACGACAUCAUCAGACGAAUAUCAGCAGCCUGAGAGUUCUGUGUCAGGCUCUGAGGAUGUGGGACAGAUGGACAUUGAUGAGGAGUUCACCAAGUUUCUGGAAAUGAAGUGGGCCAAGAUGGCGGCAUCCAAAAAAAAGCCACAGGAAGAGAAGAAGACGGGGAAAGUUCUUCCAAAGCCAGCUACUAUCAUGGCUCCAAAGAAACGCAAGGAAGUUGAAGCCAAUUCUGAUGAACAAACGAAUCAGAGCUCUCAGAAGCGAGUCAAAACUACUGAGGUGGGAGGUCUGGCUAAGGAUUGGCGGGGAGUAUAUGCGCAAUCGAUGGCUAUGUCGUCUGCUUCAUCGUUGGGCGAUCCGAUUGAGUUGCCAGCACAAGUUGGUAUCAAGGUGGAAAAGGGUUCCAAGAGGGGAAAGGAUGCCGACAAGAAGGCAAAUCCACCCGAGAUUGUGUUACAGGAGGCUGAUGUGCAAGCGAUAGACAAGCAAGAGCAUGGGAAGAAAGUCAAAUGGAAGAAUCAACACCUUCCUUUUGACAACAUCAUGCGUGAUCUUCCCAUAUGGCAACAGAAAUUUAUUCUGUCACUGCUGGACUGGGCUAUGUCUGAUAUUCCCGAGCCGUUUGGAAUGACCAGUCAUCCCAACUUCAAAGCAACUAUCCAAGGCCUCUGGAAGAAGAUCUUCUCUCAUCUUUCUGAGAAGCACACUGACGACAGCAAGCCGCGCGCUGACCACCCAGCAAUCUACAGUGUUGGUGCUGCAGCAAUACGUACACACCGUAGCGACAUUGGCAAAGAAGCUCUCCGAACAGUUGAACACAACUGGGAAUGCCAAGACAUGAAGAAGUAUGCGACUGUGGAGGAGCGGAGUGCAUGGGUAACAGAUCAGCUCAAAGGCUCGAAGUUCCUCUAUCAGUAUCCCGAAAAGGAGGACAAUCGGGGGGCAUUUCGUGAACCACUCAUCUUAGAAACAUUUGCGUAUCAUCUUCAAGCAACUAUGAACACCCCUCAUGGACACGGAAAUCCUGUGGCCGGUCUCGCUGUGGCUGCUUCAGCGGUCAAGCACGCGCUUACACUAUGGAAGAGUGGAACUAACUCCGUCAAAAGCAGUGUCGAAUUGAACUCAAAAAACAACACAAACAGCUUCAAAGAUGAUCCUUGGGGAACGACUGCCAACAAGUAUUACAAGCAUGUUUGCGAUUACGAUGAUGAAAAAUGGCGGGAGAUCAUUUUCGGCAGCGCAAAACAUUUCAAUGCAAAGAAGGUCAAGCUCCUAGGGGCCAUGGAAUCAAGUGGUAGUGCCGGAAGGGAUGACAGCGACGACAAUAUCAGCAAGUCUCCUUAG